CGAAAAUUCCAACUGUGUUCAACUUCUCUUUCCCGGGAUUACCUACGGGGCGUUUAACGGUCUUCAGCUGUAAAUCAUUGAUGGCUAAUGCCUUAAAUUUCGCUAAGUGAAAAUUAAUCAGAGAGUGGCCGGUUGCAGAGCCACUAAUUGUAUCUCCGUUCGAUCGACCGGCUGUUCGAGAGACGUUCGCUAUAUAACAUGCUCGUUCCCUCCGCGCCGCGUCGCAAAAUCUGCGCUGCGCUGUGCAGCGUUAUCUUGAUAUCGGGAUGCUCGGCCGUCUUCGAGAAGCACUGGCUGCCGGAUCUGGAGUGGCGAACCGCGAGCAACUGGGCGGACGGCCGUGUCCCGGAGAUCGACGGCCGUGUGAUCUUCCCUCAGCAGACCCGGCACGCGGUGGGCAUCGCCGGAACGGACAAUCUCAGGCUAUCCGAGAUCGACUUGCCGAGGCAGGGACUGCUGGUCCUGCCGAGAAACGGCGAACUGCAGCUGAGCACAUCGCGGACGGACGCGAAAGUUAGUAGAUGGUCGAGGCAGGGUGGCGUUUUCUGGGCCGAUCCCGCGAAUUGGAACGGCAGCUCGAUAGCGGCGCCGCAUCUCGAGCGUGUUCCCUGCCGCCAGGACAACGUCGUCCUGCCGAGCGAGAAUCGCACCCUGAGUAUCCUCUUACCGGUGAGCGUGGUGGAGGUGAGGUCGAUUCGAUUGUCGAACGAGCGGCAGCCGUUCACCAGAUGGGAAUGGCGAAGCUUCCAAGAUCGUAGAGAAUUCACCAGGGGCAGAUUCACCGUAAAGUACAGCGAUCUGUACCUGGCUAUGCACGAUUGCACGAAAUGCUUCUGCCAGGGAGACUCUUUGAGCGAUUAUCUCGAAGAGGUCUGUGCCAUUCAGAGGCCAAGAUGCGGAUUUACGGGCUGCGAAUAUCCUCUUACGGUGGAAGGUCACUGUUGUCCGUACUGCGGUGGACGCGUUUUCAUAUUAUCGCAGCAGAUCUCCUUAGCGACAGUACAAAGCGUGGCGGACGAAGCUUUAGAGGGAUACACGGAGAAGGUUGCCUGGCAUACUAGACGCACUUGGGACGGUGGCGUCGAGGUUCUUGUGAAGGAAAAGGGGGACUAUUCCGGGGUCACGAUAGAGGAAGCGGUGGAGAACCUGCGGGAAGUGUUGCGAAGGACAGGAAUCGACGUGACGAACGCGGAAACGGCAGGUGCAGCGAUGAAGGAUUCUCGACUGGCCGUUACGCUCGGGCCGCUCUUGGGGACGCCCCUCGUCGUGAUCGCUCUUCUUCUGCUGGCCUUUCUGUACUUCGGUUAUUCCUUAGGACACGUUCUCACGGGAUGUAUGGAAGCCGUCUCGUCCGUCCGAGAUGGAAUUCGUACGGACAAGCAGAAGCACGGUUUCGCCCGUUUCGAGAAUGUACCGGAGGGCAACGUUCAGAUAGCCGAUGUUCAGAUUCCCGGAACGAACGGCCGGCGAGAGAUCGACGAUGACGACAUCAAGGGGAUGAAACAGGUCGCGGGUGGCAGAUUCGAAAAUCCUCUAUACAGGUCCAAAAGGGACAAGGCGGAGGGACAUGAGAUUCUCGACGUAGACGCGCCUCUUAGCCUCGCUACUCUAAAGGACAGGAUAGAAGAUCAGCUGGAAAGUGAGGAGACCGAGGAAUAAGAGUAGUAAGAGAAACAAGAUUCUACGUUGUCGUUAUUCAAUUUCACGUUGUAUCGAUUAAUAAUCGCGGAAAUGCUUCGUUAUGGAAUAAUAUAAAUUAUAAAUG